AGAUUUUAUUUGUAAAGAGUGCGCAUGUGCAUGCGGCAAAUUUGAACGGUAAGAGAAGACACGGCGGUAAAGGAUACAAUAACAAAUUGUUAAAUAGGCCUAGGUCCUGUUAGAAUGGACCAAAGAACUAUUGAAUGGGAAUUAAGCAAAGAAAAUGUUCAACCAAUUAGACAAGGACGCCAUUUUGAUGACCUAAAUGCAGCGUUACAGUCUAAUGUGGAUCACUCAUUGCUAAAGCGCAAGAAACAGAAUUUUGAAGAAGAAUUAAGAAGUUACAGUGGAGAAGACCCCCUUGAGGUCUGGUUUAGCUAUGUUCUGUGGACAGAGCAAGCAUUUCCAAAGGGAGGUAAUGAAAGCCCUCUAUGGCAGCUACUUGAGCGAUGUAUUAGGGAAUUUAAUGAGACAAACAUGUACAAGAAUGACCGCAGAUAUGUAGACAUCUGGAUCCGAUACGCCAACCUGUCUACAGAGUCUGAGGAAAUCUUUAAGUUUAUGCAUGACCAGGGCAUCGGAAUUGAGCUAAGCUGUUUCUAUGAGAGUUGGGCCAAUGUGACAGAAUUGGGAGGAUAUACCAAAAAAGCAGACAGUAUCUACCAGCUAGGGAUCAGUCGAGGAGCACAACCCAUCAGUCACUUACAGAGGAAGCACGAGCGUUUCCAGUAUCGAGUAGCUCAAGGCUUGGUAGGACAGGUGGAGGAGAUGGAUACUGCUCCCUCAGAAACACGAACGGUACUGGGAAAAUUGAAAACUGUUGGCAAAAAACAUCAAGCACCAGUCUCCAGAGUCGGAAACGUUCGACAAGGCUCUGGUGGUGGAAUACCCUUGCAGUCUAGGCCAGCCAAUCAGAAACCAGGACUGGCAUUCCAGAUUUACUCGGAUGAGAACAAGGCCCCAGCCUGUAUUCCAGAGACUACUGGAGAGUGGAAGGAGAUACCUCGACCCACUGCCAUCAACAAGGAAAACCGCCAAAAGCCAGGGGUGUGGACCUCAGCUAAGGUUCCCCAGAGAGGAGCAGGUGUUCCCGUAGGUCCCAGUAAACCAUCCUUCAAUAUACAUGUAGAGGAACAUUGUGAUCAGCCACUGAUGACACCAAGAAAGACUCCUGGAAUGGAAAAUCAAGUACUCAGUGCUCGAAAAGCUCCAAAACAUACAGACCCUCUUCAUAAUUUACGACAUGCUACAGAAACGGAGGCUGGGAUGUUUGUGCCGAUGUAUUGCAAGGAUAAGGUUUACUGUGGGAUUGAAGAGUUUUCGUUUGAGGAGUUACGUGCAUUGAAAUGGAAAGCUAAAAAACGCAGAGAGCAGGAUAGAGCUAUUGCAGCUCAGCAAGACGACUUGUUGAGGAAACAGGAUAUGCUGCGACGACAGAUGUCCGAGUUCCAGCUUCAGAGGGAACAGUUUGAGCGAGAACAGAUUUUCAUGCUUUCUAUGCUGCAGGAAAAAAUGAAGGAGAGAGAACUAAAGCUUGAGGCAUCAAGCCAGGUACAUUUGCAAACACAGAAAGACCAGCUAGAAAGAGACAUUGAGCACCGAAUGCAACAGCAGGAAACAGCCCGUCCCUCUCAUCAGUCUUUGUCACCAAAUCUUGUACAGGAGGUGCAACAAACAGUGGUGUCUGAGACAGACUGUGAUGUGGUGGGGGGAAGACUUCAGGGGAUACAAGCUCUGGGUGAAAGGCAGUUAUCACCCUUACAUGAAGACAUGGAUACUCAACCGCAAAUUGCCAACAACCUACAGCUGUAUUUACAGAAUUCGACUGUCACACCAAGUAACAGGUCACUGCUGAACAAUUCUAGCGGUUCUUCUGGACGACGGACGGGACCAACUCCAGACCAGAACAAACGGUCAUUUACAGCCCCUUCACCUACUGUGAACACCCAGGAAGCUGUGAACAUUGUGAUGGGGAUGUUUAAUACAUCCCUGGACAUUGAUAAAAAUCUAGGUUGGGAUAAUAGUGGACAAGAAAAUGUGUCCUUGCCUCCAGAAAUUGAGGCACCAGUGGCAGCUAGUGUACCCUUCACGAUAUUUGAUGAAAACUCCCAGACAGGAAAGUCAGACAAGCAAAGAGUACCAAUUCAUGGGAACCAGACAGUUAAAGAAACUCAGAUAUCUUGCUCAAAUCAAAACAAUCCUAGUGGUCAGGAGAAUGGAAUCCCCAUGCAGUUUUUAGGACAAAGACCCAAGAAGAAGGAAAGAUCUAUGGGGACCAGACAAAGUGAUAUGUUUGAUAUGGAGAGUAAGAUGGAAGGGAUUGAGUCACAGGGAGGAUAUGGGUCCGAGGAUUACACCAUCGCUCCAGUCGGCUCCCAUCAAAGCUUUGCUGCCAUGGCACGAUGUGCUUCCACACCCUUUAAUGAAAAUCAUGAGGUCUUACCCCAAAUCCCAAACAUGUCUACCAUACAAGCCGAAAAAACGGCCAACAACACACCUUCACUGCCGAUCCUGUCCAACACGGCAGGCAGUCAGGCAACUAAUAGCUUUUUUCCUGAUCAGCAGAAUCUAAGUCCUAUUAUGGAAGGAAGCAAUGAGGAAUCUGACCCAAGCAGUCAGUCUCACCAUCACACCCAGCACAGUACCUCCCAUCCUCAGAGCGCUAACAAUGGUGCAACAGAACCAGCUCCUCCCACUCAUACCCUGAAAUCUGAGUCAGCAGGUGGAGACAAUGACUUGAACCAGUCCACCCACAUUAUAGACACAUCGGCCUAUCAUCCUCUCGGGGACGAACAGGACGUGGCCAACCAAUCUGUGUACAUCGACACCAGUAAUCCAUUCGAUACCGAGACAGUGCGGCACAUACUGAAGCAGCUUCCCACCCCCAUCAAACUCCAUCCCAGCUACCACGAGGUGCCCAGACAGAUUCAGAGUAUCAUCUGUGGACUUAAAAUCACACUAGGAAUGGACAUGUAUGAAAUCAAGGAAAUAAUUGGUAAAGGAGCAUUUGCUAAGGUAUACAGUGCUGCCAGAUGCAGAUCCUUCUGUAACACAGAUAUAUUUGACUAUGAUGAACGCCUGGACUUCAAUGAUCAUGAAUCAACACUUGUUGCACUAAAGGUUCAGAAGCCAGCCAAUGUGUGGGAAUUUUACAUCUGUACAGAAAUCCAGAAAAGACUACAGAAGCUGCAGGGAAAUGUAAAUGUGCGCCAUGCUAUGAUGUCAGUUGAUAAGGGUUACUUCUACACAGAUGCCAGCUGCCUUGUAACCGAGUACUGCCGACAUGGAUCAUUACUGGAGUUGGUGAAUAAGUUUGCAGAGGUUAAUAAGUCGCAGGAAUUCCUGACGAUGUACCUCACCAUAGAGUUAAUGUACAUGGUGGAACAACUUCACAGCUGUCAGAUCAUUCACGGAGAUCUGAAGCCAGACAAUCUACUGGUCAAAGGAUUCUUCCCAUUACCAGACAGUGUUGACCCGGACAUUGUGUUCGGUGGGAACCACAGACCUCUGCUGUUGAUCGACUUUGGACAAAGUAUCGACAUGUCCAGGUACCCACCAGGCACCACAUUCAUGGCGAAAGUCAAAACUUCCAGUUUUAUGUGCAUAGAGAUGCAAACCAACAAACCUUGGACUUACCAGACUGAUCAUUUUGGCUUGGCUGGAACUCUCCAUGUAUUAUUGUUUGGUCAGUAUAUGAAAGUCUAUCAGGAAAAGGGGGAGUGGAGAAUCACACAGUCAGUCAGCAGGACGUUUAACCAGCCACUGUGGAGGAAGAUUUUCCACACCCUGUUGAACAUCCCUAGCUGUGAGGAGCUCCCUGACCUUUCUGUACUGAGGAGAGAAUGUGAAGAAUAUUUCAUCAGUACCCUGUUAGCCAAAUACAACAAACAAAUCAACAAGGUCAACAUAAAGCUGGACAGUAUGUCCAAGAAGUGAAGGAUCCGUGUCUUAUUCAAUGACCAAAGGUGCUGUUACAGUGAAAAACUAGGGAAAGUGACAUACCCUGUACCUGUACAAAUAUUAAUGGUUAACAAAACAGAGACCCAGUCAGCAUGUAUUGUCCUGAACACUUAAAACAUUUACCCACCGCUCAUAGACAUGUCAUAUUAUGGUAUGGUGCAGUGCGUCUGUCUGGGAGCACCUUGGGUUCAGAUCCAAUGAUUUGAAGAAGAAGCCCUUUGUAUAUCAAUGUCAAACUUGCUUGGAUCAUUUUAUAAGCAUAAAGCAAGAUAGAAACAGUACUAAUAAAUCUGAUAAUCAAACUCGACAUCCAUAUUGAACUAUUGUUGUAUUAGGGUUUGAAGCAGUAUUUGUGUGCACACGUGUCUGUUCAUCAGCAUCAUGUGGGAAGGAUGACGAGAGUACUAAUGAGGCUAGAGUACUAUAAUCAAACCUGGUACACCUAAUGGUGAGAGGAAAGAUGCCGAUGAUUUCUUAAGGUCCGAGGUAAAAGUCACACUUUCAUGGGUAAUCACUUAUCUUGAUGUACAUGCUUCCCAUGAUGUUGGUGCUACCUAUACAUUAUUGUGAAAAGUAAUCAUUUUGCUUCUCAAGUUACACUUUAUUAUUUUGAAAUGUUUUUCUUUUUUUAUUUUUCAAUUUGAUAAUUAAAGUAAUCUUAAAAGUAAAAUUUUAUUAUUACUCUCAGAUGUAAGAAAAGGUGUAGAAAGAACACUGUUAAACUUCUCUCUCUCUCUCUCUCUCUCUCUCUCAUGGAUUAUUUGGAUGUUCAUCUUUUCUUUAAUUACUGCUGUAUCAGUGAAUAAUUAGAUGGUUGUGUUUUGAACUACAAGCAUUGCACUUGUUUGUGACUAGAUUCAGAUUUGUAUUGGCAUUAACAACCAAAUUAUGGAAUGGAAAUUUUAUAAAGCAGUAUGUAUGCACUAAGUUGUGGCUUAGUAGAAAAGGGUUCAUAUCCACUCAAAUCUUUUACUGCAUAAAGUGUUGGCUUUAUCUCUUCAAUUUUUACUGUUGCCCAACCAUAUAGUUUUUGGUUUGUCUGCAAAAACUUUAACCUUGGCCAUAACUUUUGAAUGGUUGGUGAUGGGGCUUUCAUAUUUCACGUGUGUAUUCCUUGAGGCAAUACCUUUCUUCUAGUACCAAAAUGUUUUACCUCAUGACUUAAACCUUUGGGUUUUACCUACUUUUGAAAAACUAAUCUUGGCCAUGAUCAGCUUUGCUGCCAUAUGGGGGUAUCAGUUUUGAAUGGUUGGUGAUGGGGCUUUCAUAUUUCACGUGUGUAUUCCUUGAGGCAAUACCUUUCUUCUAGUACCAAAAUGUUUUACCUCAUGACUUAAACCUUUGGGUUUUACCUACUUUUGAAAAACUAAUCUUGGCCAUGAUCAGCUUUGCUGCCAUAUGGGGGUAUCAGUAUUUCACAAACACAUCUUGUUAGAUUUUAAUCGCAUAUGAUAAUGAACAUUUGAAGCUUGGAAUAAAUGAGGUUUGCAACAUAUAAAGUUACAUGUAUUUUUAGAUAAAUGUUAUUUUGAACAUGAGAUGGAAUAAAUAUUUCAUGCCCAUAUUGUCAUUUUUAUAUCAGGUUUUUGUAUCCGAAUAGGUGCAGUUGUUUGUCUAUCUACAUGUGUUCAUCAUGAUAGGUUGUAGAAACUAGAAUAGACAUUUCUGUCAGUCUGUCUGUUGUGUUAUUCAGUUUGUCUGGAGGCCCUUACCAUGUUAUAGCACUAUAGAGGUCAAAAUCUCAACCCUGAACAAAUGUAGUGAAUAAGCAUGUGUAUGUUAACAAGUUCAUUUGUAAAUCUUUCUAAUAAAUUUGAUUAUGUUAGAUUGUUUACACUGCUCAAAAUAAAGCUUUCAUGUUUUGAAAAUAA